AAUUUAAAAAUAUUUCCAUUCUUCCACUAAUAUUUCAUAUUAGAGACUCAUAUUCCCUCACCUUAUCCUAUUUAUUAUCUUCAAAAAUUUUCACAGUGUGGCGGUGUGAAGAAGAAGCCAUGUCUUGUGCUUCAUUUUCACUUUCCUUUCUCCACAAGAAGCAGCUUAAUCUCCCAUUUCAUCCCAAAUUGGUGACACCACCAAUCAGAGCUCUUACAAUUGAAGCCAAAGCUAAAACAAGAAGGGAAGACAGAACUGCUAGACAUAUUCGUAUUCGCAAGAAGGUUGAAGGGACACCUGAAAGACCAAGACUGUGCGUCUUCCGUUCCAACAAGCAUAUUUAUGUUCAAGUCAUUGAUGAUUCCAAGAUGCACACACUGGCUUCAGCUUCAACGAUGCAGAAACCAAUCUCCGAGGAAUUCGACUGCUCUGCUGGUCCCACUGAAGAAGUGGCAAAGAAAGUAGGAGAAGUUAUCGCGAAGACCUGCCUAGAGAAAGGGAUCACGAAAGUAGCCUUUGAUCGCGGAGGUUAUCCUUACCAUGGACGGAUUGAAGCUCUUGCUGAUGCUGCACGAGAGCACGGCCUUCAGUUUUAGAAACCGCUCUCUUUCUUCCUAUUUUUCGUUGCACAAAUGACCUUUUCCAAUCUUCCCAUUUGUUCCAGUUUGUAAAACUCAUGACUAACAAGAGGGAUGAACUGGAGUUCAAUUGUAUGAUCUGCAAUCUUUUUGCUCUUAGAUGAGAACUUUGAUUCCUUUGUACUUCAAA